AUGCGUGUCCGGGCGUAUGCGUCUCUCCUCGGUCAGCCCGGCGCCGGAUUCACGUCGGCGCGCAUCGAGGUGAUGGUAUAUCACAUCGGCUCUAACAAUUCUUCUUCCUCCACCAUCAUCACGUCUACGAUCAGGGAAAAGAUGAACCUUGUGGACGGAGGGGGUCCCACUUGGACCUUUCACGUCUCUCAGGGAUCCAUUCCGGUCCCAAUCGGGACCCACAAAUGGAGCAAGUUUGAGCGAGACAGAAUAGCGUUAGGACUCGAGACCUAUCCCUCCUGGAAACCCCAUUUGACGUCGUCCCGACAUGUCACCACCGAGACUUAUCCAACAGAACUCGACGCCGGAAGUGCUCGGCGCGCGGGAGCAUGA